ACCAAUCCACCGGAUUCUCCAUUAUCACACUCGAUCUUGAACCUGUGAACUCUCUGCUUUGAUUCUUCCAUUAAUGGCCGCCAUGUUUUCAUCUUCAGAAAUCUCUAAAACUGCAACUUCAUUAUUCUCUGCUUAUGCCUCCUUUGCAGGGUCCAUGAUGCUGGUUCGAUCCAUGGCCAACGAACUCAUUCCCCACCCCCUUAGAUCCUACCUUUUCAACGGAUUGAGCUACUUCCUCGCUCCUCUCUCCCCAGACCUCACCCUCGCCAUCGACGAGCAAUGUGGGAUGGGCAAGAACGAAGUUUACGAAGCCGCCAGAGUGUAUCUCGGCACCAGGAUCAGUCCCAAGACGGAGCGGCUCAAGGUCAGCAAAACCAGGAAACAAAAGCAUCUCACUACCGCCAUCGACAAUGGGGAAACAGUGGUUGAUCGUUUCGAAAACGUUAAACUGACAUGGAGGUUUGUUUGUGGGGAAGGCCAGAAGCCUCACUCCUGGGAGAAAAGAUACUUCGAGCUUAGCUUCAACAAGAAACACAAAGAUAAAGUCCUGGACUUUUACUUGCCUUACGUUUUGCUCAAAGCCGAGGAGACUAAAAACAAAGACAAGGUGAUAAAGCUUUACAGCCGUCAGUGUCCAUUCAGUGAAGAUGACGGUGGAGUAAGGGGUUUCUGGGGUUCAAUAAUCCUUGACCAUCCGGCUACUUUUGAUACCCUUGCUAUGGACCCAGAUCUGAAAAAGAUGAUCAUUGAUGAUUUGGAUAGGUUUUUAAAGAGAAAAGGGUAUUAUAAGAAAGUGGGAAAGGCUUGGAAAAGAGGGUACUUGCUAUAUGGUCCUCCUGGCACGGGGAAAUCCAGUUUGGUUGCUGCCAUGGCUAAUUAUCUCAAGUUUGAUAUAUAUGAUUUGGGGAUCACAAGUGUUCGCUCUGAUGCUGAUUUAAGGCGGACGCUGCUGUCGACUGGUAACCGGUCCAUACUGUUGGUCGAAGACAUAGAUUGCAGCUCUGAGGUUCUUGAACGACAAACCGCUAAUAAAAACAAGCAGCAAGAUGCUAAAUCUCGGCAGUUGACGCUGUCUGGUUUACUAAACUGCAUUGAUGGACUGUGGUCAAGCUGUGGGGAUGAGAGGAUUAUUGUGUUUACUACUAAUUUCAAGGAUCGGAUCGACCCUGCUCUGUUGCGGCCGGGUCGAAUGGACUUGCACAUCAACAUGUCGUAUUGCACCAGUGACGGAUUCAGGAUUUUGGCUUCGAAUUAUCUGGGGAUUGGCAGCAAAUACAACCCUUUCUUUGGGGAAAUUGAUGGCUUACUAGAAAGUACGGAGGCAUCCCCGGCGGAGGUAGCUGAAGAGUUGAUGAGGAGUGAUGAUGCUGAUACUGCACUACAAGGUCUUGUUGAGUUCCUCAAACGCAAGAGAGAUGAAGCCACUGAAACAGAGAAUAAACCAGAAGAUUCUGAUGAAGUUGGUUCCUCAAUCACAAGAUUGAAUGCAGCAAUAUCAAGAGUUAAGAGAUCGAAAACAGAUGGUGAUAGAAAGAAAAUAAUGAUGGUGAAUGGAAGAAUGUAACCACCGCAGUAAAAAUAUGAAUUUU